UUUAAGUUUAAAAGCAUUGGGAGUUUUUCUCUCUAAUUGGGUAUGGCCGGAAACUCCCCUGGACUGCAAAGUUUAAACAGCCCUGGGGAACCUGCCUGUGCUGGGUGGAGACUGAGUUAGGGCCAGAAGCAUUUUUUUCAGGGAACCAGGAGUGCAGAAGCAUGUCAGGGAAGCCCAGGCUUACCUACUUGAAUGGAAGGGGGCGAAUGGAGCCCAUACGAUGGCUGUUGGCGGCAGCCGGCGUGGAGUUUGAAGAGGUUUUUUUGCAAACAAAAGAACAAUAUGACAAGUUAAUCAAAGAUGGAGUCCUCCUGUUCCAGCAAGUGCCCCUGGUUGAGAUCGAUGGGAUGAAGAUGGUGCAGACCAGAGCCAUCCUCAGCUACAUAGCAGGGAAAUACAAUCUCUAUGGGAAAGACUUGAAGGAGAGAGCCCUGAUUGACAUGUAUGUGGAAGGAAUAUCAGAUCUGAUGCAAAUGAUUUUGAUGUUUCCUUUCUCUCCACCUGAUGCAAAGGAGAAAAAUCUUGACUCAAUUAAGGAGAGGGCAACUAACAGAUACUUUCCAGUCUUUGAAAAGGUUUUGAAACAACAUGGCCAAGACUUUCUCGUGGGCAACAAAUUCAGCUGGGCAGAUGUUCAGCUAAUUGAAGCAAUUUUAGCAGUGGAGGAGAAAAUUCCUGCUGUGCUGUCGGGGUUUCCUCAGUUGCAGGCAUUUAAAACCAAAAUGAGCAAUAUGCCUACAAUUAAGAAGUUCCUGCAGCCUGGCAGCCCAAGGAAACCCCCACCAGAUGACCAUUACGUAGAAACUGUGUUGAAGGUUUUUAAGAGAUGAAAGCCUUGCCACCUUUGGUGAGACCCAGAAUACUGGAAGAAAAAAAAAAAGGCAAAACAUCAACCCCAGCUCAGUAAAUUAGUAUUGUGGUAGUGAAAAACAGUGCUAAAAAACCAAAACAACCCCAACCAGAAAUAAAGCAAUCUAUUGCUCUGGCAA